AUGGUUUCCCCGCCGCAGACUCUCUUCACCGUAGACGGCGGCUUCGCCUCCGUCAGCCAGCGGCGGCGCAUCCAAGAUGCAACAGGCCUGCCGCUGUUUGAAAUCGCGCGGAAGCGACUCGGCGUGACGUGGUUUGUCCAUAUACCAGGCAGUAAAGAGAGGGCCGAUCCCCACCCAGUAGCCACCGUCGUUCCGCAGCGGCAUAUGCUCAUGGAUAAGUUCGACGUCCACUUCAGCAAUGCGGCUGGUGGGAACGAUGGACGGGAAGAGAUUGUUCUCAGUGUGAGGGAUCAGGAUAUUUGGAAGUCGAGGACGCAUGAGUACUAUGGAGAUGCGUUGGUGAUGACCUCCAAGUUGAAGGAUAUGGUCGCGGUGUAUGUACCGGGGAAGAGACCGGAGUGGGAGAUUGAGGUUGCGGAAGGGGUGGAUCUCUCACUGGCUGCGAUUAUUGGGGUGCUUCUGGCCGCUAUGCUGUACCAGAGCAGUGUUACAGGAAAGGCGUCAGAGUCCUUUGGUGAAGGAGAUCCUGCGGUUGGGACAAGUGAGAAGGCUUCUUUGAUGUAG